AUGCCAGUUUUAGAUGGGAAGGAAAUUGAAAUCUUCUUUAGUGAAGAAGACUUACCAUAUGAAGAAGAAAUUUUAAGAAACCCCUUCUCGGUAAAACAUUGGCUUAGAUAUAUAGAGCAUAAAAAAGGAGCCCCUAAACAUGAAAUAAAUCUUAUUUAUGAACGAGCUCUCAAAGAAUUACCUGGUUCUUUUAAACUUUGGUAUAAUUAUCUUAAGCUUAGGAGAUCUCAAAUACGAGGAAAAUGUAUUAUAGAUCCAUCAUAUGAAGAUGUAAAUAAUUGUUUUGAAAGAUCUUUAGUUUUUAUGCAUAAAAUGCCAAGAAUUUGGAUGGAUUAUUGCACUUUCUUAACAGAUCAAUACAAAAUAACUGCCACUAGAAAAGUUUUUGAUAGUGCUCUACGAGCUUUACCUAUAACUCAGCAUCAUAGGAUCUGGCCACUAUACUUAAAAUUUUUAAAGAAACAUGACAUUCCAGAGACUGCUGUACGUGUCUUUAGAAGAUACCUUAAGCUUUGUCCAGAAGACACAGAAGAAUAUAUAGAUUACUUAAUAUCUAUAGAUAAACUAGAUGAAGCUGCAGUAAAGUUAGCUCAAAUUGUAAACAAUGAAAACUUCCAGUCUAAGCAUGGGAAAUCUAAUCAUCAGCUUUGGAAUGAACUGUGUGAACUUAUAUCUAAAAAUCCUGAUAAAAUUCAUACGUUAAAUGUUGAUGCUAUUAUUAGAGGAGGGUUGAGACGUUACACUGAUCAGUUGGGUCAUUUGUGGAAUUCUUUAGCUGACUAUUAUGUUAGGAGUGGACUUUUUGAAAGAGCUAGAGAUAUUUAUGAAGAAGCUAUACAAACUGUAACAACUGUGCGUGACUUUACUCAAGUAUUUGAUGCCUAUGCUCAAUUUGAAGAGCUUAGUCUAAGUAAAAAAAUGGAAGAGAUUGCAAAGAAGUCCAGCCCUAGUGAAGAUGAAGAUAUUGAUUUAGAGUUAAGACUUGCAAGAUUUGAGUAUCUAAUGGAGAGGAGAUUGCUUUUACUUAACUCCGUUUUAUUAAGACAAAAUCCACAUAAUGUUGCCGAAUGGCACAAGAGAGUGAAGUUAUAUGAGAAAAAACCUCAUGAAAUAAUUGAUACAUACACAGAAGCAGUUCAAACUGUAGAUCCGAAAUUGGCAGUUGGCAAACUGCACACACUCUGGGUUGGUUUUGCAAAAUUUUAUGAAAGUAAUGAUCAAAUUGAAGAUGCACGAAUGAUUUUUGAAAAAUCAACUCAAGUUAACUAUGUGAAAGUCGAUGACUUGGCCUCAGUAUGGUGUGAAUGGGCUGAAAUGGAAAUAAGACAUGAGAACUAUGAGGAAGCGUUAAAAUUAAUGCAGAGAGCCACUGUACUGCCAAGCAGAAAGGUUGCAUAUCAUGAUGAAAAUGAAACUGUACAAAUGAGAUUAUAUAAAUCCUUAAAGGUGUGGUCAAUGUAUGCUGAUUUAGAAGAAAGUUUUGGUACUUACAAAUCAUGUAAAGCUGUUUAUGACCACAUAAUUGACUUGAAAAUAGCUACGCCACAAAUAAUUAUAAACUAUGGUCUCUUUCUAGAGGAGCAUAACUACUUUGAAGAAGCAUUUAGGGCCUAUGAAAAAGGCAUUGCGCUUUUUAAAUGGCCUAAUGUAUAUGACAUAUGGAAUACUUAUUUGACUAAAUUCCUGAAUAGGUAUGGGGGUACCAAACUAGAAAGAGAGAGAGAUUUAUUUGAACAAUGUUUAGAACACUGCCCACCUAAAUUUGCAAAGUCAAUAUUUUUAUUGUAUGCUAAGUUAGAAGAGGAGCAUGGCUUAGCACGACAUGCAAUGUCAGUAUAUGAGCGUGCCACAACUGCAGUACUUCCUGGGGAAAUGUUUGAAAUGUUCAACAUCUAUAUUAAGAAAGCUGCUGAAAUUUAUGGAGUUCCAAAGACGCGACAAAUAUACGAAAAAGCGAUCGAGUCUUUGUCAGAAGACCAUUCGAGAGAAAUGUGCGUUCGUUUUGCAGAAAUGGAGACACGACUUGGCGAAAUUGACAGAGCGAGGGCAAUAUAUGCUCAUUGUAGCCAAAUGUGUGAUCCAAGAAUUACAGCUGACUUUUGGAAUACAUGGAAAGAGUUUGAAGUAAGACACGGAAAUGAAGAUACUAUGCGUGAAAUGCUUAGAAUAAAGAGAAGUGUUCAAGCAACAUAUAAUACACAGGUCAACAUGAUGUCUGCUCAAAUGUUAAGUUCUGCUGCUCAAGCUGCUGGUACCAUAUCCGACUUGGCACCAGGAAUGAAGGAUGGCAUGCGGAUGUUAGAAGCUAAAGCAGCAGAAAUGGCUGUUCAAAAUAAAGGCAAUAUUAUGUUUGUUAGAGGAGAAACCCAAGGUCUUAAGGAUAGUUCUGAUAAGGUUGUAAAUCCCGAUGAAAUUGAUAUUGACGAAGAUGAAGACUCUGAUAACAAAGAGGAGGAUGAAGAUGACAAUGAAAUAGCCCCUGUUGAAAAGAAAGAAAUACCAGCUGCAGUAUUUGGAAGUCUCAUGGCUGAAUAA